AUUUCAAUUCAUUGCAGUGGAAAAACUAGAGAGAGAGAUAGAGAGAGGCUCUAAGAUCAGAUGAUGCCAACACACAACACCACCACCGUUCAUGGCGGUUUCCACCCGUGGAAAUCACCCAUUCCCUACCUCUUUGGUGGCUUAGCUUUUGUGUUGGGACUCAUUGCAUUAGCAUUACUUCUUCUAUCUUGUUCCUUCAGAUGUUCUUCUUCUGAGCCGUCUGGUGAUGUUGAAGAAAAACCUGCCAAGCCCGAUCACGUACCGCAACCGGAAAUGGAGCCGAAGAUCGUUAUCAUGGCCGGAGAUCUCAACCCUACGUACCUGGCAAAGCCUGUAUUGUCUACUCGCCACAGUACUAAACAAGUCUAACAGCUAUAUAUCUCUUGCUUCACAUAUAAUCUGAUACAAAAUUCCAUCAUCAUAUUUCUGUUUGCCUUGCAUACCUUUUUCUAUCAAUUCUUUCUUUCCCUUCUUUUAAGUUUUAUUUUUGAAAGUUUACAAGUUUUAGUUUGCC